CAUUUAUCCCAAUAAAUGCCUCACCGGUUAGAUCAAAUAUUUAAUAUUAAUUGUAUUUGUUUUCAGGCUGUGUAUGCAUCUGCUGGCUGUGGAGGUGGAGCAGUAACAUACUGCAAUGCAACGAAAGGAGCAAGAGGUAUGCCCGGUCUUGAAGGUAUGCCAGGACCCCCUGGAUUACCUGGUUACCCCGGACCAGAAGGCCCAGUUGGACCAAGAGGUUUAACUGGCAAGUCAGGAAGAGAAGGAAUGCAAGGACCAAAAGGGUCAAGAGGCAGUCAAGGUGUCCACGGCUAUCCUGGAAAUCCAGGAAUUCCGGGUAUUCCUGGACAAACUGGUGCACCUGGUCCUGAAGGUUUGCCUGGUUGCAAUGGAACCAAGGGAGAAUUGGGUCUUGUUGGUCCUCCAGGUCUUGAUGGAUUCAGUGGCAGACCUGGACCUGCUGGUUCAAAGGGUAUGAAGGGUCAACCUGGUGAAGUUAUCAAUAUGGUGGCUGGAACAAAAGGAGAACCUGGACUUGAUGGUCUAUCUGGACCACAGGGAGAUGAUGGUGAGAAUGGUCCCGUUGGUCCCCGAGGUUACAUUGGAAACCCUGGCCCACCUGGUCCUCCUGGAAAUGACGGACCUACUGGAGACAGGGGAGAGAUGGGUCUUGGAUUUCAGGGAGAGAAAGGAGAGAAGGGCCCCCCUGGUCUUCCUGGACCUCCAGGUCAAAGUAUAAUUGAUGAAAGUAAAGAAACACCAACCACAGAUAUUAACCAACCAGUUGGCCCACCAGGAAAAGAUGGUUUGCCGGGAGGUAAAGGUGACAGAGGUGAAAAGGGAGAACGUGGAGACACUGGUUUUACUGGACUUCCGGGCAUGAAAGGAGGCAAGGGUGAUAAGGGAGAAAUGGGACCAUUAGGACCACAGAGCACAAAGGUUGGAAAGCCAGGAACCCCCGGUAUCAAUGGAUAUGACGGUUCUAAGGGUGAGCCUGGUUAUCCCGGUCAACCAGGAAGGACAGGACCUAAAGGAAACAAAGGAGAAGAUGGUGAAUCUGGUUUGCCUGGUCCACCAGGAUACCCUGGAGAAAGUGGUUCUGCAGGAAAAGUUGGUCCUCCUGGUCCCACUGGUCCAGCUGGUGAAAAAGGUUCUAUGGGUUUUCCAGGGAUGGCGGGUUUGAAUGGUCUCAAAGGAGCUGCUGGAAUUCCCGGUACACCUGGAGAUCAAGGACCCAGAGGAAAUCCUGGGUUUGGUCUACAAGGCCCGCCUGGACCACCUGGUCCAUCUGGUCAACCAGGUCUUCCUGGUCAACCCGGUCUUAAGGGUAACAUUGGUGAGCCUGGUCAACCCGGUGAGCGUGGUUUGACUGUUGAAGGACCACCAGGACAAGAUGGUCGUCCAGGUAGCAAUGGUAGACCUGGUUUACCCGGACCAACUGGACCUAAAGGCUCACCAGGCACUGAUGCAGUGAUUACACACGAAAUCAUGGAAGAAAUGGUUACUCCCGGGCCCCCUGGUCAGCCAGGGUCCCCAGGUCCACCAGGCCGUGUUGGCUCUCCUGGAUUCCCAGGUCGCUCUGGUGCUGCUGGUCCAAAAGGAGAAGAAUGUGGCUUGUGUCCAGCUGGUCCUAAAGGUUCCACUGGUGAAGCUGGAAAUCCUGGCACCCCUGGUAUACCCGGAGAAAUGGGCUCCCAUGGUGCAAAGGGUGGGAAAGGCCAGAAAGGUUUUGCUGGAUUCCCUGGACUUCCAGGGCAAUUGGGAAAUGAUGGACCAGAAGGAGAGAUUGGACCUCCUGGUGCAAAGGGAGAAGUUGGAGAACUCAAUAUUAUUCGCGUGAAAGGAGACAAAGGAUCCCCUGGAUUUGUUGGACCAGCUGGUUUGCCAGGCAGAUCAGGAGCUCCUGGAAGGGAUGGUCUUAAUGGAGAACGGGGUGCCAAGGGUAGCAAAGGUGAAAUUGGUUUUCCUGGACCACUUGGUCUGUCGGGUGAAACCGGAAACCCAGGUAUUCCUGGAGCACCCGGUCGUGAUGGUCAGGAUCUUCCUGGAGAAACUGGUGAACCAGGAGCGAAGGGAGACAGAGGAAACUCAGGAGGUCUUGGGUUCCCUGGUCCACCAGGACAAAAGGGAGAACCUGCACGGUCAAGAGUUAUUCCCGGAGAGCAAGGAGAAGUUGGUAAUACAGGUUUACCUGGAACCCCUGGAAGACCUGGAGAAGCAGGAGAGAAAGGUGAGGAUGGUUUACAAGGCUACCCAGGAUUUGCUGGAAGAAAAGGAGAAAAGGGAUCACAAGGCCCAGCUGGUCGAUCAGUUCGUGGUGAGCCUGGUGCUGUAGGUAUUCCUGGUGAAACUGGUCAACCUGGAAAGAAAGGAAGCGCUGGUAGGCCUGGAUUUGAUGGUAUGCCAGGCUUAGAUGGUCUACCGGGAGAAAAAGGAAAAGAUGCUUUUGGAUACCCUGGUCCUAGAGGUACUCAGGGCAGUAGAGGAAGCCCAGGAGCACCAGGUGUAAUUGGUGAACAAGGACCUCCUGGACCAGCUGGACGCCGAGGACCUGCAGGGCCUGAUGGAGAAGAUGGAAAAGAUGGUCAACCUGGAUUUGAUGGUCUUACUGGUCGACCUGGACAGAAGGGCGAACCUGGUAGUGCAAGACUUGGACCUAUUGGACCAGCAGGACCUCAAGGAGAAACAGGAUUACCAGGUUAUCCGGGAUCACAAGGUGAGCCUGGAGAACCAGGUCUUCCUGGUACUGAUAUAGUUGGAAUGAAAGGUGAACAGGGUAGCCCAGGUUCAGAAGGUUAUCCUGGCUUGCAGGGUGUGACUGGUUCACCAGGCCGUACUGGUUUACCUGGUUUAGAUGGCUCAGCUGGACCUCCUGGAAAAGAGGGACCAACAGGUCCACAAGGUUUGCAAGGUCGCUCGGGUCCUAUGGGUUUCCCUGGAAGAAAAGGUGAGCCUGGUAACCCCGGUUUACCUGGUUCUGAUGGUUUACCAGGGGCUGAGGGUUCACCUGGUGAGGAUGGUGCACCUGGUUUCCGUGGUCCACUUGGCCAGAAAGGAGAACCAGCUGAGGUUGCAGCUCAUUUGCUUCAACCUGGUGAAAAGGGAGAACAAGGUGAUAAAGGAGAAACGGGUCCAGCAGGUUUGGCAGGACUUUAUGGUUACCCUGGUAAGAAAGGUGAGCAAGGUUUGGUGGGUGAAAAGGGAGCGCGAGGACCACGUGGCCUUACUGGGUUAGAUGGCCUUCCUGGAACACAAGGAGAACAAGGUACACCUGGUAGUCCAGGAGAUUUGGGUCUUCCUGGUCCUGAAGGGCCACCGGGACCACAAGGGGAACAAGGAACAAUUGGACUUCCUGGUUCUCGUGGGUAUCCUGGACUUCCCGGACAAAAAGGAGCAAAGAGUACAUUGCCUGGAUUGCCAGGGGUUGAUGGUUUACCUGGCAAAGAUGGUUUAGAUGGUGAACCAGGUAUGCCUGGUAAAGACGGCCAGGUUGGUUUGCCUGGUAGGAAUGGUUUGCCAGGACCAAAAGGAGGCAGAGGUAACUCUGGUCUCAUGGGAUUCCCCGGUGAAAGUGGUGAAAAGGGUAACACUGGUCCGGCGGGUGAAAGAGGUUUCCCAGGCCAACAAGGUCUUCCUGGUAUUGGAGGUUUGGAAGGUCUGCCAGGUGUUCAAGGAGAGAAGGGCAGAACUGGUUUACCUGGAAGACAGGGUCUUGAUGGUUUGCCCGGAGAGGCUGGGUUACCUGGUGACUCUGUUCCUGGACCUGUAGGUUUGCCUGGCAGACAAGGCCUUCCAGGAGAAGAGGGGAUGAUCGGACUUCCAGGGUUACCUGGACCAAGAGGCCUGCCAGGACUUAAAGGUGAAAUGGGAUUUUUGGGACCUGAAGGUCCUUCAGGAAGACAAGGACAACCAGGACCCAGGGGUGCUACAGUUAAAGGAGAGAUUGGGGCAACUGGACCAUCUGGCCCAGCUGGAGAAUCAGGACCAACCGGACCACCGGGUCUUCCUGGAUUACCAGGUUUAUUGGGCAAGAAAGGAGAGCCUGGUCCAACUGGUGAGCCUGGAUUCAAUGGUUUCGAAGGAAAGCCUGGUGCUAAGGGUCAAACGGGCUUACCUGGUUCAACCGGACUUCCUGGUUUAGCUGGUUUCGCUGGUGAGCAGGGUGAACCUGGUUUUCCUGGAAUGAAAGGAAGGCCCGGAGAACCAGGUGCACAGGGUCUGCCUGGUCUUGAAGGUCCACCUGGUGAAAAAGGAGAAAGAGGUACAACCGGUCUUCGCGGAGAGGACGCACAGCCGAUCUUUAGAGAAGGAGAAAAAGGAGAAUCUGGAUCUCCAGGACCUGUUGGACCCAGGGGUUUCCCUGGUCAAGUUGGACGACAAGGAACGCCCGGUACACGGGGUCAGAAGGGUGAAAUUGGUCAGGAGGGUAUACCUGGGUUGCCGGGUUUGGCUGGCGACCGUGGGGAGCCCGGUCCACAAGGUUUGGUUGGCGCGCAAGGUCUGCCCGGUGAAGACGGUCUUCCUGGAGCUAACGGUCUUCCUGGUACCCCCGGUCCAUCAGCACUUUUCCAUGGCUACUUUGUCACUCGCCACAGUCAAACAACAUAUGUUCCCGAUUGCCCUCUGAACAUGAGGAAAUUGUGGGACGGCUACUCCCUGCUUUAUAUUCAAGGAAACGAACGUUCACACGGCCAAGAUCUGGGUUCGGCUGGUUCCUGCUUACGUAGAUUCAAUACAAUGCCCUUCAUGUUCUGCGCCGUAGACAACAGUUGUCGGGUGGCAUCAAGAAACGAUUAUUCUUUCUGGCUUUCUACACCCGAGCCCUUCCCCAUGUCCAUGGAGGCAGUUACAGGUUCUGCUAUCGAGCCAUACAUCAGCAGAUGCGCCGUGUGUGAGACUCCCUCGCUGACAAUCGCUGUCCACAGCCAGUCUGAUCUCAUACCAGACUGCCCGGAGAACUGGAUAAGUUUGUGGAUCGGCUACAGUUUUGUCAUGCACACCGGAGCUGGUGCCGAGGGCAGCGGACAAUCUCUGCAGUCGCCUGGUUCCUGUUUGGAGGAUUUCAGAGCCGGGCCCUUUAUUGAAUGUCACGGACGAGGUACAUGUAACCAAUACGCCAACGGGUACAGCUUCUGGCUUGCAACUAUCAUGCCACAAAACCAGUUCAGACAACCUAUCUCGGAAACGCUAAAAGCGGGAACACUGCGACAACGUGUCAGUCGGUGCCAGGUCUGCAUGAGAGGAGACUUUGAUACCAAUAGCAACGGUGGAGGGGGAGCGGGUCGGGGCGACAAUGCUACAUUCAACAGGCGCCGUGCUGCGGCUCAUCGAGGACCGUCGGAGGACGCCGGAAGAACAAGCAGUCAUGUGAGGCACACCGGCUGAGCAAAACGAAGUGAUAACGGGACAACUCCAGCCUAGUUUUCUAGGGGACAUUUUCUAAUUUAAACCAAUUAUCGUUGUUAAAACCGCUCGCGGAUGUGUGAGAAACGACCAUAGUUUAUCUUUUUUAGGGCUACACGCACAUGGAAUACCGGUCAUGUUACACUUAUGCAUCGGUGUGUGUACCGCGGUUGCAAUAUGUAUUCCGUUUGAAACGUUUUCAGCCUUUCUUGUCCCAAGCCUUUUGUUUCAAAGAUCAGCAUAGUAAUAACCGUCUGCUGACGGUUUCGACCGAGUGUUCUUUGGUCCCGACCAACAUAGCACAAAUGUGGUAAAGGAAAGAAAUAGUUAUAUUUGUUUAUUUUUCGAAGGUUUUCGCUUUGACUCCGCACUUCGCCUUACUUGUGUGACAUUCAGCAUAUCUUCUCUUUUAUCACCCAACUGAAUUUACAUAAACGACCGACUCGACACGCAUGCAUGGGCAAAGGUCUGUCACAGCUUAAGUGCCCCCCAAACAACAACUUUGACACCGAACUCGCUGAAAAACGCGCUAAAAACCCAUAGUUUAUGCAAAUUCCUUUCGUCGCCGAUUAUUUAAUAGUGUUAUCGUAACGCUGUAGGCCUAACUAUCACUUUACUAAUAACCGUCGCAUACCGGAUUUCACUUUCGCCAUAUAACAUCCACAAUCACUAACAGCAACGCUUUCCAGCAUCAUUACGCAAUAGGAGCAGUAUUAGCGUGCGUGGCCACAGCGGCCCGUCACGCCCAACUUGUACAGAAGUUUUACCAUAUAGUCAGCUCGAUUAACCGUUUUGCCACUUUGUGCUGGCAAUCAAUUCAUUUUGGUGGCUCCUGAAAGCGGCGUUAAUCGCCGAUUGUGUUGUGUCGUAUGUUGCUAUAUAACUUUUUAAACCUACCAUGUGUGUUUUUGUAAUGACUUUGUAUUGGCGCUACUGAAAUACAAUACUUUGUAUGAAA